CAGUUUAAUUAAUAUUCUGACAGUUCAUUUUUGUGAAGUAAAAAGUAAAGAGAUUUUUCCUUAAAAAACGCAAAAUAUAAUAUAGAAAAUCAAUAACCUAAACAGCAAUGAAAACCGAGAAAAAAGAGCAAUCGACUGUGCGAAAACGCACAGUUUCUCGGGUCAACAGCGAUAGCUCUAAAAAUGGGCAGGGAUCCUCAGCCAAUCCACUGAAGAAGCUGAAGAGCAAUUCAGCAAAGGUUCCAAAAAACACACCAUCUCAAAGUGGAUCAACGGGCCUGCUGGGGUUGAGAUCUUUUAGCCAGGCGCUGCCCUUCAAAGGAUUAAAUCCUAAUGGGUUUUCAAGGGAGCCUGGCAAGAAGGCGGAGACCAUUUGGUUUACACGAAAUGCGCGGCAGACCAGCAAGGUGGAUGCUAAAAAGAUUACAUCAGAAGAAGAGGAACGAUCGCGGACUAUCAAGGCGAUUUGUAUGCGUCUCCAGGACAUAGAUGUUCCAGAAAACAUUGGUAUCGUGGAGGGUCCAGUUUCCUUUGAGGAAAUCUUUGAUGUUUUGGGUCUAGAUGAAAAGGGGGAAGAACGAAAGGAGACUCAGGUGGAACCUACACGUUCAGAGUGUAAAGUAGAGCCUCCUGUGGUGAAGGUGCCAGUGAAAUCUUUACCUGACAACUGGGAAAUGUUGGAGCCUGCCCGUUCAGAGGUUAAAGUAGAACCUCCUGUGAUAAAGGAGCCAGUGAAAUCUUUACCUGACGACUGGGAUAUGUACUUGCCAUCGACUUCACAAGCUGCAAAAGCUCGUAUGAUGAUGCAAUAAAAGUCUGGAUGGAGGCCAAGGACUAAGAAGGGAAACAGAAUAGCAAGAGCUAAA